GUAUAAUCGUAGUGCAUUAUAAAUUGUAGCAUUACGAUGUAACAUGUGACCUAAGUAAUUCUUCCGAUGAAUCCGAUCCAAGAGGGAAAGGGUGAUUAUGCGAGGGGACGGCGCGCGCAAAGCUAAUAUAGAGAUAACAAGAAUCUGAUGUUCCCCCCAAAAAAAUAAGAUAACAAGAAUCUGUGGGCUCCCCCAUCUGUGAAGUCAAUACGAUCAACUGAUCAAGAAUCUCGUAAAAGCCCUUCCAAAAGAAUAAAAAGAAGCCCAUCUUCUUGAGAAAUGGUUCCAUAAAAAGAUCUGCGAGUUUUCAUCAAGUAUUUCAACCGUCUGAAAGCGAUAUAGACAGCUGCGAGUGAGAGCAAGCCAUGGAUCUAGCCAGUCAGUUGCAGAGACAAUUUGUUGACUACUCAAAAACUCUGAUCCUUGAGGGUUUCUUGGAUGAUCAGUUUAAGCAGCUUCAGAAAUUGCAAGAUGAGAGCAACCCAGAGUUUGUGUUUGAAGUGGUGUCCCUAUUCUUUGAAGAUUCAGAGAAGCUUCUCAAUGAUUUGGCCAAUGCUCUACAACAAAAGAUUGUAGAUUACAAGAAGGUGGAUGCUCAUGUCCACCAGUUCAAGGGUAGUAGUUCCAGCAUCGGUGCACAGAGAGUAAAAAAUGUGUGUGCCGCCUUCAGAAACUUCUGUGAGGCGAGGAACUUUGAAGGGUGCAAGGUAUGUCUGCGAAGUUUGACAGAGGAAUACAAUCUUGUGAAGAGCAAGCUUGAAACUCUGUUCACGCUGGAGCAGCAAAUCUUGGCAGCUGGUGGUUCGGUACCAGACCUGUAAAAGAUUGUGAGGGUGUGAUAUGUUAUGGGGAGCUUUGUUAAGUUUUUGGUGCUGUAACUAGGUGAAGGGUUAAAACUUGAAUGGAAAGCUGUUUUUUUUUCUUUUCUCUAGACAUGUUUGGCUAAUCAGAACACCAUCAGUUUAAAAAGUUAUGUGAUCUUAGUGGUUGAGUCUAAA